AUGCUCUACUUCGUCAACUCCAUCACUAUCCGCUCUCUGCGUAGAUCCGUUCGCCCGAAUCUUCUUACGAAGCCAUUAUGCCUUCCGAGUCAGCGAUCCAUGAGCAACUCGCGCUUCGAUCUCAGAGACACGAUGCAUUUCCCCGUCCUCAAGGGCCUCGCAAUGGACAACGCCCCAGAGCACAAAAUCUCUCAAUACUAUCGUCCCACAAAACACUGGUGCCUCCUCACCGAAAUAGUGGAAGAGAUACGAUCCACCCAUCCCAUGUACACCGUCAGGGACAAGAACGGGCUUAGAUUCCUCGUUGCUUUCCAUCACACUCCAGACAACGAAGCCCACAUCACUUACCCACUUGGGGACCUUCCCCACAUCGGGCUCCCCAAAAGACUGGCCGAAAAUGGUGAGCCAGGGAAGGUGAUGGCGUUCAUGUACGCCGUGAACCAUAAGUUCAGCGAUGGUCUGCAUCAAGGCAUUCGCGUUGAAAACCUAGAGCACGUGCAGACCUUUCCGUGCAACUUGAGAACGUUGCUUCGCAUCGGGGAUGAGGUCAAUAAACCUCAGCUGAAAGCCUGUCACAGUUGCCAGAAGAAAGCUCAGUUGAGCUGCCCACAUUGCUCCGUCCUCAAGUACUGCGGCAAGACGAUGGAAGACCCAGCCAGGGACAUCUACACCGUCGUGUACCAGCUCACCGCGACAGACUCGCCCGACGUCCAGAAGGCCGCCGUGGAGAAGUACAUGACGCCGGACGUCUCCUUUCGGCACCCGCUCUGCGAGGUCAAGUCGAGCGCGAGCUCGCGGGAUGAGCUGUUGGGUAUCUAUGUGUGGUAUCGCGUGUUGUCGCCCAAGAUCGACAGCCAGGUCAACAGCGUCGUAUUCGACAAAGACAAAGGUCUCCUCUACGUCGAAGUCGUCCAGUGGUUCAAGUUAGUCUUCCUACCCAUCACACCCGCACCUGCCCGACUGCUCAUCCGCCUAAAUCUGCGGAAAGUCGACGGGUUGUUCUACAUCGCCGAACAAGAGGACUUUUACCACACAGACGACUUCACCGCACUCCUCGUCCCCCCAAUCGUCCCAUUCGUCAAAUACUUCCUCGCGGGCGCGACGACCGCAUCCAACUUCUUCGCCCGAACGGCCAACUUCUUCGGGUACUGGCGUCCAACUGCAACCGUCAGCGAGGCAGAGUCUACCCCGAGCGAGGCGGGGUUGUAUAACAAGGACGACUGA